AUGACCUCUUCUGCUCAAACAUACACUGGCUCGUUUCAAUCUCCUCAUUCAAUCAAGCCCAGUGAACCUCCUCCCCCUCCUUCUUUAUCUUCAUCUACAAUACAACAAUUUUACCCUACACCCCCUCCUUCACCCAUCAUUGCUGAUACAGCCACUUUACCGACCACCAGUUCUACUCCACCUUUGCAGGGUAGUACACCACAGUUACCCAACGUAUCAAUUCCUAUCCCCUUACUCCUCGACACGGGACAUCACCUACCGCACGCUUCGGGCUUACGUUUGGAAUCGCCCAGCUCCCUCCUUGCGACUCUCGGAGGUAACAGGGUACUUGCGCUGGAUCCCUCGUCGUCCGUUUGGGAUCGCAUGCCUUACUCAGCAUCUACCGCGACCGUAUCAACCCCGAACGCGAUGGAAGAGGACAGCGUGGAAUCGCUGGUGGGUGGUCAGAGACCUCAGCCAUCUAUGCAUGGGAUGCAUUGGGCGUUGAGGAAGCAGAAGUCCAGUGAACAUAUCUCGUCUAUAUUCGUAUCUCCACCGACACCAGAGAGGAUGGCUUCCCCAACAUCAGAAGAUCCUCCGAAUACAUCCAUACAAUCCUCACAGCCAGUCGAGUCGAGGUCAAGUGCUUCUUCUUCCCCAAUUGGAUCAAGAGAAGCUUCCCCCACCGCAAGUCCGCUGUUAUCGGGUACCAAAGUAUUACCUGCACUGUCGUCAUCGAACGGAACGACGAUCCCUCUGCAGGUGUUACCUGAAGUACGAUCCCCACCGAAAAAGACAAUAGCGAUGACGGCAGAUUCACUCCAGCUCACUGCCAAGAGAGGUAGAAGACCUAGAUUGUUCGGUUUCACGGAAAUGAUGGACGGUCACUCUGCUUCUAGCUCAGCAGCGAGUUCGGCAGCAAAUUCGCCCGAUCGAACUCCACCUACUCAUUCCAAACACUUUGACUUUCAUCAUUCCAACAACGCUAGCUCAUCUUCCAAUACCUCUUCACCCGCAAACUUCAUGCCCAGACGACAUCCCGUACGUGCUCGAUCGGAAGCAGCUUUGAUGUCGACGAUACAUCACAUCCCACCAAGAAGGAGAGAAAACGGUCUCAAGUUGAAUUUCGACGGGAUCGUCCCUCUCCCACAACCACAGGAAAUCCAAAGUGCAACUAUCCCUUCACCCUACACUUCGAGAUUGAUACGAAAGAAAUCAGGAGAGAUACUCAAAUCCGCUUUGAAAUACGGUGGUCCACUUUUACCUAACGGUACGCCUAUACACGCUCGCGAAUCCAGCCCAUCCCCCCGAUUCGAAUCCAAAUCUUGUCCUUCAACGCCUAGUUGUCCGAAAUACGUCCACUUUGAUGCUCAGCUCGAGCGAGUCAAAUUAUUCUUGCAUGACCAAAAACCCCAAGUUGUCAGUCGAGAUGGAUCACCUACAGCCGAUACGACUUCUGAAGGAGAUGAGUUCCCAUUCCCUUCGACCGAUGAGGAAAGAGAAGUGAAGAAGGUCUUGACCGUUUCUUUACCUAAUUUCCCUACUACUCACCCUCCUGAUUCCGAGCUUUAUCUCGAGUCCCUCUUCCUGGAGGAUGACCGGAAAGCUCUCAAGGGGGUGGUGGUUUGCGCAAAUAUCGCUUUCCAAAAAUGGGUCGCUGUCAGAUUCACUUUCGAUUGGUGGCAAACCACUUCGGAAGUUACGGCUACAUAUAAAGAAUCCAUCAAAGGUGGUAAAUUCGACAGGUUCAUCUUCAGUAUCAAAUUGAAUGAUAUACUCGCCAAAAUCGAGGAGAAGACUCUGUUCAUGGCUAUCAGAUAUAAUGCUGAAGGUAGGGAAAUUUGGGAUUCGAACGGUGGACAGAAUUACCAAGUCCUGUUCCAGAAAGUCGCACCUCAACCUGCUGGAUUGAGAGCGGCGAGGAAUAGUAUCAGCUUACAACCUGGUAUGGGCAAAGCCGUGGGUGGAAGGACAUCACAGUGGAGUGUGGCCGGAGCGAGUAACGAUGAUCGAUUGGCAGAUCUCAGAGCGAAGUUGGAUAGGUUGACGGCGGAUGAACCUGAUAGAGUACCUGUUUCACCCAAUUCGUCCAGACAUUUCAGUUUCGAUUUCGGUCGAAGAGGCUCGACAACGAAUUCUUCCGGAUCUGGAUCAAGUCGAAGAGGAUCAGAAAAUUCACCUGGUGGUUCACCUUCACGACCGUUCUCACCUAUGGAUACUAAAGCUUCUGAUUUGCCGGCCGCCGGUCCUGCCCUGGCGGCAAGAUACGAUUUCAGUACAUCACUCAAAACUACCGCUCGAAGAGGUUCGACCUCUCCUGUCGGUAGACCGGGUGAAUUACCAGAUGUCAAGACUGGCUUGCUUAAUUACGGUACGAAUGGGAAUGGCCAAAAUGGGCAAAAGGCGAAUAACAAUCCUCAUGCUGCUACCGAGUUCUACUCACCAAGAUUUAGUCAAGCUACGCUGAAUGCGAAUACGAACGAUUACUUCUUUUCUCCUACUAGCACAUCAGCAUCCACUAUGCCCAUGCCUGCACCUGUACCUGAUGUCAAGGUCCAGGGACCUUCUCCACCGCCAAUGGAAGAUCGAGAAUCCACGCCUACCCCUACCACCGUCAACGCUCAGAUAUAUAGUGGCCAAUCGACGUAUACCGUCCCUACACCGAAACCUCAACACCCUGCAGUCAAAGCUCCUUCACCCAAAAGACCUACUGCUUCUUUCUCCCGACAUGCCACUUAUCCAACGAAAUUCACCAUCGGCGAUGAUUCCGUCCAAGUUAGUCCGAACGUCUCUCCUCCUCAACUCAUAAAGUCUCCAUCGACCGAAUCGACCGCUACGGAUACACCCUCCGAGUCACCCAGAUCCCCACCCGAUCUGUCUUUGGCCAAAUGGAGUCCCACGGCGAAAUCGGCAGAUUCAAGUGAUGAUGCGAAUAGUUUGAGCAGUUAUAGUAGUUUCCUCGAGCAAUUCUGUUGGGGAGGUAAUUCGAUGACACCGGAACGAAGAUCUCAUUCGACUUCAUCGUUGGACAAUUACUUCCAACCUAUCGAGAUUGAAUCUUCCGGAUUAUCAACUCCUAGAGCAUUAGCUAAUACACCUCAAGCCAAGCCAAACCUCAACCUCGUCGAGACUCCCUCAUCUACUACCAGUAGUAGUUACUAUUCGACGUAUUCCAAUACACCUACCACCAAAGAGGAUUUGGAACAUGUCGAACGAGCUUUAGGAGGUGCGGGAGGGAGUGGGAGAGUCCAUGUGAAUGGUCAUAUGUCACCGCCUGUGAUGGCUUAG